AUGAAACGCAAGGGACGAGACAACGAGGACGACAAUAAUGAGAAAGACACAAACUCAAGUAAGUUAGAGUUGGAUUCGCUACCUCUUGACCUAAAGAUGGCUAUACUUACUAGAUUACCAGCAAAGUCUCUUAUGAAGUUGCGAUGUGUGUCAAAGACAUGGUCUUCCAUCAUCCGAAGCAGAGGAUUCAUUGAUACCUUCUUCUCCAAUUCCUCGAAGCAAUCGCGGUUUCUAGUAGCUUUAAGUAACGGUGCAUUCACCGAGCCUGAGGAGAAGCUUACCUUCUUCUUCACGUUUUCUCACGACGAGGGAGAGAAGGAACAGUCUUCUUCUUCUUUAGUCCCUAGUUUCGAGAUGGCAAUUCCCACCACCUUUUCUGACUACUCACACUCUUUGUCUUCUUUCCAUGGCAUUCUCGUUGUCAAAUCAGACUCAUGUACGAUGAUGUGUAACCCUAGCAUGGAGCAAGUCGUUAAGAUACCUGGAGGUCUCAUUAACUUCGUGGGAUACGAUCCCAUUGAUGAUCAAUACAAAGCAUUAAGGAUCGGUUACUUGGAGCACAAGGUAUUAACCCUAGGAUGUGGUCAAGAAUGGAGAGCCAUUGAAGAUACACCUUUACCUUAUAGGCCGACUUCACCUAAUAUAUGCAUCAACGGGUUUCUAUACUAUGCUGCUUUCUUUACCCAAACUAAAGAUACAGCUUUUGCGCGGUUCGAUGUUAGAUCUGAGAAGCUAAGUUUCAUAAGUACACCUAAAGCUGUUGUGCAAUGGGGUAAGGAAUCAGUAUACUUAGAAUACAAAGGGAAGCUAGCUUCCAUUGUGAGAAACCCUUAUAGUCGUAUCUCUAGUUUUGAUUUGUGGAUACUAGAAGACGCCGAGAAAGCUGAAUGGUCAAAGCAAACAUGUGUGUUUCCUUCCUCAGUGUGGGAUGAUGUUGAGUGUGGUGAAAUAUCUUUUCCAGGCACUAACAAGGCUGGUGAGAUCAUUAUGGCUCCAAAGAAGUUGUCACGCAAUGUUCGACCUUUCUACAUUUUCUACUACAAUGUUGAAACACAAAACGUAAGAAGAGUUAGGCUCCUAGGAAUUGGAGACAGUGAAGAGUUUAGGCGCUCUUAUGGAUUCAAUGGUAGAUACACCGAUGAUUGUUUUGCUUUGAUCGCACAUCAACACGUCGAGAGUCUUGGAUUUGUUAAAGAUCCUGUAUAA